AUGUCCAAACUCGUCGACGAUGUCAAGUCUGGCCUCAAAGGCAUUCGUGGAGCUGGCGACGCCCUCAGAGGCGAAGUCCUCAACGCCACUGAUCAAGCCUUUGACACGGAUCCCAACCACCCCAAGACACUCAGCAAGGAGACCAAUAACAAAACCAUCGCCGAGAAGGGAAAGCAGGAUAUGAGAGGUGUCGAUAACAUGAUUGCGCGUCGCGAGUGGGAGCACAAGGGUGUCGAGCCUCCCACCCAUGUUGGGCACAGAGAGCAUGAGAGACCGAAUGAGGGUCUGAACAGAGAACCUGGUACAAUUUUACCCGGUGAAACGGCUACUUAUGGGAAUGGAAGGACUGAAGAAGAUGCAGUAAGGGAAGCUAGGACGCAUGUGCCUGGUGAGCAGAGGCUGGCGUGA